AGUAGCGAAACCUACAAAAAGUGCUAAAAUAUUUAAAUCUUCUUAGUUCUUGGUUUGCAUCAAAUUUGCAGUAUCAAUUAAUGUAACUCACAUUGUAAAUUUUAUAAUCUCACACAGGACUUGAUAAGGACAGACUUGAUACAGAGGAAGUUGAGUUUAGAUCUAACACAGUCUAGAUCAGAUUGGAAGAGGUCAUUAAUAUACCCCAUCCAACCCAUGCUAGCAUGGAAAACAUGGACGUUAAGCCGAGAAUGAUGUCAUAUCAACUUUACGAGUGGAAAAUUAAAUGCAAAAUAUAAAAAAGGCGUGUAUUUUAAAAGUUUACAACAUCCUUACUUUGUUUUUUAGUGGGUAGUGUAUGCAUUAAUAAAAAUGAUCUAAGAAUAUAAAUAAAAUGGAAAAUAAGGAAGAUGUAAUUAAACGUAAAGCUCCUCCACCACCAGUUCCUAAGAAGCCAACUCUGUUUGAAAAUAAAAACACAAAAUCUAAAGUUGAUCACUUGUCUUCCAAGCAAGAAAAUCUAUCCAAGAUCCACAACAGCAGUCUGAAGAAAAAAUUAACAACACCAUUGGCAUUUACUGAGCAUUUAAAUAAAGUUGUUGCCAGUGUACCAGAUACAAAGUCUUCACUAGAAAAGCUAAGAAACAACUCUUCCUCUGAAAAAAAGAAAGACCACCUUAACCAUGUAAACCUAAGUGGACAAACUGAUCUUGCAGCUGUUACAAAAGAGUUUGAAAAGAUGUAUCCAAAACCCAAAAUACUGAUCAACCAUUUAGAGCCCAAAACGACAGCGGAUAUUCCUAAAAGUGAAAAAACUAACAGCCUUACUGAAGUUAGUGAUAUAACUGGCACUUGGAAGACGGAUGAAAGAGUGCAUCAUGAAGGAGACGAUACAUUGGACUUUACAUUAAGUGAUGAAGGUUUUGACACAUCAACCUGUAUAGAAAUACAAGGAUCCUCUCUGUUUAAAAGUGAGGAGAUAAUGAUCGUACCACCACCCCCACCUGUAGUCGAUUUCAGUGAUGAUGAAAGCAGUAUCGAUGAAUCUCUACAGUUAAAUUUAAGUUCCAGUUUAUAUAUGGGUCCUGUUCCACCAUCUCCAACCGAAAGUCUAAACUCAGAGUUCUUUAUUCCUCCACCACCGCCUCCCGAUAUUGAUGAAUUUUCAGAGAAUAGUUCAAUAGACUCACAAAGUUUACUAGAAAAUACUGUUGCUGGUGAAUUUGAUUUCUCUCAAGGCGACACUGGAAGUGACUUAGAAUUACCAGAUUUAAAUGAUGACAAAGUUCAAAUUGGUAGCAGAGAAAAUCAAAAAGGUAGCACAAAUAAAAACAACUUCAAUUUACAAUCAGAACCAUUGUCUACUUCAAUAAAUCUAUUAACAGAGAAUAAAGCAACUUCAGCGAAGUUUCCAAGCAAAAAUCUGAUGAGGAACCCCAUUCCUGUUAUAUGUAUUGAUGAACUAAAAAACAAGAUUGAAGAUGAAAAAAUUGAAACAAACGAAAAAAUGAAAUACAUACCAACAUCUUUUGAGGUGGAAAAAACUAAGAUUAAUGAUAAACCGUUGAAUAUAGAUAAGAAUACUAAUUCAGGGAAAACAAUAUCUUCAGCUAUCUUCUCAAAUAAAGAAAAGGAAAAAGAAGACAAAUUUAAAACCACAGCCAUUACAACCGAGGCAGCUACCACUUCUAAUAUUGAUGUUGAUUCUGGACAUAGCACAGCACAAUCACAAGAAGUUUCUGAUUCAGAGAAAAAACUUUUAACUGAGCUAAACAAUGAGCAUUCCUUAGAAUUAUUAAAUCCUGAAAACAAAUCACGCUCGAGGGAGAGUUCCACCACUAUGCGUCGUAAAGUUUUUCGCAAAUCAUCAAAUGCCAGUAGGACAAGUAAAACUUGGUCAUCAUAUGAUAGUACAGAUGAAGAGGAAACUCAACAUCCACCCAAAGUCAACUUAAGAGAAAUGUUACUAAACCAUAUGCACUCUUUAGAAUCAGAUACUGAUACUGAAUAUAAUUUUGACAGAAGCAAUAAACCAAGUGCACAAUCGGUUGAAGAAAACAAACAAACACAUAUUGUCUCAUCAGACUCAGAGAUUGAAACACAUCUAAAUGACCUUGACGUUAAUGAGUGGACGAGUGACGAUGUGGGGGAAUGGUUGACACUAAUUGGUCUUUCCCAUCUUAAACGCAUUUUUGCUGGCAAAGAUAUUGAUGGGAAAGCACUAAUAGACAUUGAUAUGAAACUUUUAGAUGAAAUGGACAUUGAUUCAAAUGAAGAUCAAGAACUUAUCUUGUCUGAAAUUUAUGCGCUACAGAAUCCCGGUGAUGGAGAUUUGGAACUUUCUAUGUUAGAUGCAUUGGAAAAAUCUUCUGGUGAGGAAAGAGAGAAAAUGCUUGCACUUAUAAAAGCCUUACAAGCACCAUCUAAUGAAUCGUACAUCAACAGCUAUUUGACAUCCAAGCCAUCUUUAAAGGACUCUUCAAAGUCACUAGAAAUUGCUCCUGAAGAUGCUGAAAUGAGGAGUGACACACCUGUUGAUGCAAAUGUUGAGCAUGAUGUGGAUGAUGUUACAGAUACUGCAGCACUGGACGACAAAGAAGCAUUGAUGCGUAGGCUUGCAGCAGAUGUUUAUGAUCCAACGAUGGAAGAUGAUAAUACAAAUGACUCGCACCUUUCACCAGAACCAGAAAAAACAAAAAAAAAGUCAAAGAGAAAAGGUUUUUUUGCUUCACUUCGACGGAAAGGAAACAAGAAAAAUAAAUCUGAUGUAUCUCAAUCUACUACAGAUAUUUUGUCUCAAUCAAAUCCGCAGGGAGUUGUUAAAGUUUUGUAUGCUCCGCCCAAUGGAAAUGAUGAAAUUGAAAUUCGCUUACUCGUUUCGUUACGUACAACAUCAAAAGAAGUAUGUAGAAUGUGUCUUGAUUAUCUUUCACUUCAUGAAGAUGUACAGUGCUUCUUUAUUGUCAUAUCAAGAAAAGAUCGCAAAGUUCAAAAUGUUGAUUUGACGCCAACUGAAUGUCCAUUGAUGUUUCAAUACAAGUGGACUGACUUGAAUACAUACCAAUUUGAGUUGAAACAAAGAUUCGAUGGUUACAUUAUUGUUAACAAUGAAGAUAUAUUGCAGCAAGAAAUGAUAAGCGUCAAACUUGGUGUUAGUUCUCACACAACAGCGAAAGAUAUAAUACCUGUUUUACUAAAGAAAUUCAAAGAAAAAGAAGAUGCCAAAAGUUUUUUCCUUCAGCAGUCAGAAAAAGAUGAUCGAAUCCCAGCUGAUGUUGUGUUAUUAGACUUGCCAUUAUCAGGAUAUAAGUUUCAUGUUUUUAAGUUGGUAAAUUCUUCGUCAGAUCGUCCUAAGCCGAGGACAGUGUCAUUCACUGAAGUAAAGAAAAUGGAGACUAAAGUUUCGUUAUUACAAAAACAAGUGGACAAAUUGACCAAUCAGGUUGAAGAAUACAAAAGAAGUGAAGCAAAGUUAAAGCAACAAAACGAGGGUCAUCAAAUUAAUGUUAGGAGACUCGAGAAAGAUAUACAGAAUAAAACCAAUGAGUUAAAAAAAUUACAAGAUGAAAACCAGAAACGUGAUCGACACCAAAAUACACCGAUGGUUGAUAAAGAGACGAAGACUUUAAAGGAAGAAAACAACAAUCUUCAAAAUGAACUUAAAGAUUUGAGAUAUCAACUUGAGCAUUAUGAAAAGAGUCUAGCCACUUACAAAGAAUCGAAAAUAUUAGUAGAAAAGGAUUUUGAAAAAAUGCAGGAGAAAAAUCGAAAAUUGAAUAUGCUAAAUGAGGAACUUAAGGAGAAAAUGGAAGGUUUGCAAAGUACGCAACGAAACAAAAGCUCAGACAACUCUGAGCAAAUGAAGAAGUUGUAUACCGAGAAUAAGGAUAACUUAAAUCGCAUUAGACUGCUUGAAGAUAAGUUAGCAGAAACGGAACAUAGACUAUCGCAGCAACAGAUUGAACAAGAAACUGAUUCUGCAGAAGUGUUGGAGCUAAGAAACCGAACUGAUGUUCUGGAGCAUCAAGUACUGGAAAAAGAUUCUAAACUUUUAGAGCUCGAAUACAAAAUACAAAAGAAGGAGCGAGAUAUAAGAGAGUUGGAGGACCAGAUGGAAGAUUUGCAAAGAAAAAAGAAGAAAGAAAUGGAAGCGAAGGAUGUUUCAGAGAGGAAGAAUGAGGAUUUGCUGAUGAAGAUGGAUAAUUUGAAACAGCAGAUGGUAGAUAGAGAAAAACAUAUUCAAAGUUUAAAGAAUCAAAUAAACAAACAAGAAAAGAAGUUAAACAAGCAAAAAUCUGUUGUUGAAACUGAGAGAAAUGAGAGACACAAUGAAAUACAAAAUUUGAGAAGAGUACAACAAGAUGAAAUUUCGGUCGUUGAAGGAAAAUUAGAAAGUCUACAGAAACUGUUAGUUGAAAAAGAUUUGAAUCGGAAACAAAAUGAGUUUGAUUUUGCAAAACAAAAGGAGGAACUACAAGUAACCAUAAAAGAUCUGGAACGCAAGUUGUCAGCAAGAGAUGUAAUAAUUGAAAGACUGGAAAAUAAAUUGGCGAAAUCAGACCUGAAUAUUUCUUCGCAUUUUCAAGACCAGCAAGCAUCUCUGCAGGGAAGAGAAGAAAAAAUACAGCAACUUGAAAUGCAGAUCGCAAAACUAGAAAGCGAGCAAGCAUCUAAACUACGCGAGAUGGGAAAUAAUGUCCGUACGAAGGAGAGUGUCAUCAGUAAAUUAGAAAAUCGUCUCAAGAAAAUGGAAACGAGUAACCGAGACAAUGUUAAGAAGUUUGAAACAUUAAUAGCAGAGAAAGAUCGACUGUUGCAGCAAGUCAAUGAUGAUCGAGACAAAGAAGCGAAAGAACUUAAAACGCGUGUUCGAACCUGUGAAGAGAAUGUAUCUGAGAGAGAAAAACAGCUAAAAGAUAUUACUCGAAAGACCAGUGACAUGAAGACUUCUUAUGAGACUCGUAUGAAGAAGCGAGACAAAGAAUAUCGACAACAAAAGUUUUUAUUAGAAAAAGUUUUGGAAAUCGUCAAUAACAAAUCUCCAUCGUUGCUACUUCAUCUCCAGGAAAGUUUGGAUAACGAAGACAGUGAAAGUCCAAGAUAUUCGAAAAAAACACACAAGAAGGAAACGGAACAAAUUCAAGAUGAAUGGUGCUAGCAAAAACUUGUGUAUUGUAAUUAUCUAUACAUAACUUUAAUAUUAACAUUGUUUUUAUAUUGACUGGGUGGUUGGGGUGGGUUGCGGCGCUCUUCCACAAUUCUUUUUAUUCUGAUGCAAAAGUUUUCAUGCAGUGCAAAUAGGUUUGUGAUCGUCGUUCUUAAAAACUUGGAAAUUUUUGCCACCUCUGUUUUUACUUUAUGACGUCAGUGUUUUUGUAACCUCCAGUCUUCCUAUUAUUAAAAACGCGGUUUAAUAUCGAUAAAUUUCACAUUCAGAGAUCCUUUUAACAAGUUCUGCAAGAGGCGGAGUUGUGGAGUUUUGAAUUAUCUUAGGCUUGUUUAAUAAAUAUAUAGAGUCGUUUUAUAAAUCGACAUUUUAUAUACGUAGAAAUUUUUAUUUAUUUUUUUUAAAGAAAUAUUUGUAUAUAAUUUCCGUUGAAAAUUUCACACAACUUCAUGUAGGGUUUUUUUCUAACCUUUUUUUCGUACAGUGUCCUACUGACGUAAGCGUUAAACUAAAGAAAUUUUCCACCAUUCUCUCGUCCACUUUAGCCACUCUUUAAGAUAGAUUGGGUUUUUUUCAAGAAACUCCUGGGGACAAGGAUGUAUUUAGCCAUUUAAAGCUGUUAUGUGAAAGUUUCGAUGGAAUGAUAACUUCAUUGUGGGGAGUCUAUCGUAUAAACCAACUUCCUUCUUUUGAGAAGAAAAAAAGUCAGCGUAAAAAAUCAUAUAUUUUAGCUGAAACUGUAGACCUUACAUCAGAAUCGACACGAAACAAAAUCACAAAAAUGAAGAAAAGAAAAUUUGAUUGUUAAGGUUUAUGUGUGUUUAAGUCAGUGCGAGUGUGUUUCCUUGAGCGAUGGUCAAAUAUUUCCUUAAAAAAAUAUUUUCUUCAAAUUUCUUAUCUAGCAUAAUCAAAUUUUAAAGUUCACAAAAAUAUGUUGUGUCUUUUCUCAUAACUCUUGCGUCAUCAACCUAUCAAAACGUAAUAUUACGAAGCUAACUGCUUUUGUUGAAUAACCACUGAAAUUCAAGAGAAAGGAAUUGCUAAUAUUUAAUAUAAGGAAUGAAUCAUGUCAAAACGACAGAGGGAAGAAUCAGAGCCAUUCAAAUAUUAUUUAUUAACGUUACUGAAUAGACGCUUGCAGGCCGCUUGCUCAUAAAAGAAUUUGCUUUAAUUUUAAUAAGAUUUAACUAUUUCUGGUAAGUAUUAUAUUCAUCGUUAUGAUUUACCGCUGUUUCCUAGGAACACUUAAAUUUUGUUAUUUACUUUUUGAUGGUGUAAAAUUAACAGACCAGAUUGUUCUUGUACGUUACCAACCUAAUACCUAACCGGUAGGCCAUUCAGCCUAAGCAUUGUUAGGCGGUCUAGGAACCAGGGUGGCUUUUUCUGAUAUGUACGCAUGCGCAACAUAUUCCUUCAAUAACUUUUUGUGAUCAUUCAUUUCGAAUUAUUUUGCAUGCAUUGUCUUCUUGCUCAACGAAGCCGGCAACUUCUAGUGUGGAAUGGCUUCUGUGAUAACUAUGCUCUUGUGAACACGCAUUCUCAUAUCUAACUUGCUGGUGCGUGGCUUAUAGCCUGUGCCAACUUUUACAGAACGAUUCUGUGAUGAAAGUUCGUAUAAACAAAAGAUCAUAUUAGUUAAUCACAAAAGCUUCAAAAUUCCACCUACCAAA